UUCUAGCUUUGAGUUACCUAAACUCUUGUUAGCUUUAAGAAGGGAAAGUAAUGUGUUGCUGAAGAUAUUUCUAUAGUAUAAUGCCUUUGCUUGUAGCUGUAGAAAAGUGGUGGUCAAAAUCUAUUGAUGCAAGUAAAGAAGCAAGACGUAACUUUAAGUACCCUAUUGAAGAGCUCAUUUGAAAGAUGAUUCUAACUUUGCAUGGCUGGAGGAACCGACUCUGAAACUUUCAGCACCAUCAACUUGAAAGGGAGAAAUGUCGGUGCAGAAAUGUUCAUAGACAAUUGCAUUACAGGUGAGUCGGAUUUCAAAGAUUAUUGCUGCAUCAAUAUUUACAUAAACAACAACAUUCAGGGAGUAAAUAACUCGAUUCUGGAAGGGAGCGAGGUGAGAAUGAAGGAUCCUGGGGUUAGCUUGUAUUUUGGAGACUUGAAGGUUAACCCAGAGGGUGAAACAGGAAUUAGGCUUAGGUUAUCUUCAUGUGGGUUUAUUUUGAUGAUCAUUAUCUCAAUUCUGGCAUUGUUAUCCUUGUCUUCAUGGUUUAAAUUCGGAGGAAUCUCUGAUAGGGGCACCUGUCAUGCUGCCUUGAAAGAGGGCACACGUCACGUGCUAAGACGAGAACAAUGUCAUUUGAUGGGUUUUCAUUUGAAUAGUUGGUACCUGGGGCUUGCACUCUGUGCUGCACCACAUAAAGUUUCAAGGGUGUUUCCCCUUACCGCUUAGAUUUUAGACCAGCGAUUAAGGUUUAUCGUUUUCUACUGUACUGUUUGAAAGUAAUAGCUUGAAGCAGACAUCAAGAUCAAAUUGAUUUGUUUGUUUAUG